GAAAAAACAGGAAAAUGAACAAAACAACAUAAUAAGCGACUAGGUUUAGAGUGAGAAAGAAGAUGGAGCAUGAACAACGAAGCUUUGAAAGCUUCUUAACAUGGACAUCAUCACACUUAGGAAUAUCAGAUUCAUCAACAACUACCAAUCAAUCUCAUCACUCUUUGGGUCAUUCUUUAUGCGUUUCUAUCUUUCCUCAUUCUGGCGGUAGAGGUUUGGGUGCUGUGAGAGAUCUUAAAAAGGGAGAACUUAUUCUAAGAGUUCCAAAAUCUGCUUUAUUGACUAGUGAGUGUGUUAUGGAAGAUAAAAAACUUUGUCUUGCUGUUAAUAGACACUCUUCUCUUUCCUCAGUUCAGAUAUUGACUGUUUGCUUGUUAUACGAAGUCGGUAAAGGAAAAACUUCAAGGUGGCAUCCUUACCUCGUGCAUUUGCCGCAAAGUUACGACCUGCUAGCCAUGUUUGGUGAAUUUGAGAAACAAGCUCUGCAAGUUCAGUUUCUGUUAGAAAUUUUAGUUUAUCUCAUUAGGUUAGAUUAUAGUAUCUUGGCUAAUGAUGUUUAUCAGAGCUUCAUAUGUGCUACUACUUAUGUUAUAAAUAAUUCAUCUUGGUGUUAUGGUUAUCAGGUGGAUGAAGCAAUGUGGGUCACAGAAAAAGCUGUACAAAAAGCCAAAUCAGAAUGGAAAGAAGCUCUUGCCUUGAUGGAAGAUCUCAUGUUUAAGCCUCAACUUCUAACAUUUAAGGCUUGGGUUUGGGCCGCGGCAACGAUAUCUUCCCGGACAUUGCAUAUACCAUGGGAUGAAGCUGGUUGUUUAUGCCCUAUUGGUGACUUGUUUAAUUAUGACGCACCUGGAGAGGAGCUAUCUGGUAUCGAGAAUGUAACUGCCUUAUCAAAUGGAGACAAGAGUAUAGAUGUAGACGAAGAGCAGAUCGAUUUUCAUUCACAGAGACUAACUGAUGGUGGGUUUGAGGAAGAUUCUAAUGCAUAUUGCUUUUAUGCCAGGACAAAUUACAAGAAAGGCGAUCAGGUUCUAUUAUGCUAUGGAACAUACACGAAUUUGGAGCUUCUUGAACACUAUGGAUUUCUCUUACAAGAAAAUCCAAAUGACAAAAUUUUCAUCCCUUUGGAACCUGCUAUGUACACUUCUACUUCAUGGUCUAAGGAAUCACUCUAUAUCCAUCAUGACGGGAAGCCUUCAUUUGCGCUACUAGCUGCGUUACGAUUGUGGGCAACCCCUCAUAAUAAAAGGAGGUCUGUCGGACAUCUUGCAUAUUCCGGUUCUCAACUGUCUGCCGACAAUGAAAUUAUUAUUAUGAAAUGGUUGUCAAAAACUUGUGACGCUGUCUUAAAGAAUAUGCCGACAUCAAUUGAAGACGAUACCUUACUCGUGAAUGCAUUAGAUAGUACUAUUAGUCAAGACUUAAUAACUUUCAUGAAGAUUGCAAAACUUAUGUCUUCUAGGGAUGAAGUUUAUACUUUCUUAGAAGCUCAUAAUAUAACAGACGCGCUUAGUUUGAGUGAGAUGAUUUUAUCUAAAAAAGCGAGAAGUUCAAUGGAGAGAUGGAAAUUAGCUGUCCUAUGGAGGCUCAGGUAUAAGAAAGUCCUUGUUGAUUGCAUCUCUUAUUGCAAUAGAGUAUUAGAUUCUUUCAUGAGAUAAUGUUAUGAUGUAUUGGUUGUAAUGCAGUUAAGGUUUUCCCUUUUAUAUGUAAGAGAUAUGAUUGUACUGGAAAAGAGUGAAAUAAGGAAAAAGAAGCUAACCUUAUGCAAA